UCACACAUCAGUCUUCCAUGCGUCUGCAAUAAAUUUCGAAACAGUAGUUCUUAAUAUUGUUAUUAGCUAUUUGUGACGUGAUGUUGCGAUAACGGUGCAGAACUGCCAAUCACUCCUAAUGAAUGUUUACGUGAUCUGAUGUUUUUCAGAAAUUUCAUACCAUAUUCCGAUUCUAACCAGAUGAGUAUAAUCAAAGAUAAGAAAAAUGUAACCACAGAAAUUUCCAAGAUAAGAGCUUUUUCAUGCGCCCACGCUGAAAAGACAAACACAUGUGGCAUACAUAAGAAUCAAACUUUUACACACGGGGCAUAAAUAUAUCAAGGAUCUUAUCAGGAUGCAAAUCUUACGAUCUCGACUGGUGUCUUCUUGCUAUAAGUUCCAUGAAUUAUAUGAGUCAGUUCGGAUAAUUUCAUCCAACCUAGCAACGCAACCAUUACAUCCUGCACAUCUCGUCCAAAAAUCAAGAUGUCUAUUGAGAAUCCAAAGAAAGAUACGGAUAAAAAAAUCACGAUCUGGCCACAGUGGCUAGCCACGUGUACACUCAGCUUAGCUGUUAUCGGAAGUGGUCUCGCGAAUGGUUGGGCAUCGCCGUACUUGGCUCAACUGACAUCAACGGAGGCGAACAUACCUUUGAAACUGACAGAUACCGAAGCGUCCUGGGUAGCCUCCCUUUUAAAUCUUGGUCGCCUGGCUGGGGCUUUGCUCAGUGCACUGUGUCAAGAGUAUAUUGGACGAAAAAAGGUACUUCUGCUUGGUGGGGUACCAUUGACCGCAAGCUGGAUAUUCAGCAUUUGUGCUACAUCAGUCAUGUGGCUCUACAUCUCUAGAUUCUGCUCGGGAAUCGGAUCAGGAAUGAUGUGGGCUGCAUUGUCCUUGUAUCUAGGCGAAAUUGCCAAUCCGAAAAUUCGUGGAUCACUGAUAUCCAUGAACGUGAAUGCAUCUUCCGUUGGUAUGUUCUUGGGUAAUGCAAUGGGUCCUUAUCUGUCCAUGGAGAUGUUCGGGUACGUGAGCCUCGUUCCGAGUAUCCUCUUCAUGAUCCUCUUCAGUUUGAUACCCGAAUCACCCUACCAUUACCUCCUACACGGAAAUAUCGACAAGGCUGAGGCAUCCUUGAAGUGGUUUAGGCGAGAAUCUGACGUCAAAGCGGAGAUGCGAGAUCUUCAAGAAUUCGUCGAUGGAGCUGAAACUAAUAUUUUCCUAAAGUUGAAGGAGUUCCUCAUGCCAAGUAAUUUAAAGAAACCUCUCGUCAUAAUUGGUGUCUACGUGUUCUCCUACGUGAGUGGACACAGUGCACUGAGUUCUUACGCAGAAAUAAUCCUGAUAAAAAGCAGAAUUGCCGUAAAACCAAGCUUAGUAGUGACGAUCCUUGGAUUCUCUACAAUCGUAGCUGGCUUGGCAUCUAUGUUUCUAGUUGACAAAUUUGGUAGAAAAUGUUUCUUGAUAAUGUCUGGUAUAGGAACAUCGAUAUCUUUGGCACUUUUAGGGUUGCAUUUUCAUCUCCUUUCGUUAGAAUACGAUCCUAACAGCUUGACGUGGUUACCAAUAAUCGCGUUAUUAACAUUUAAUCUCUCCAUGACUUGUGGAUUACAACCGAUUCCAAGCACACUUUUAGGUGAAAUGUUCACUGCAAAUAUGAAAAACAUGGCCUCCUUAUUCGUGAGCUCCAGUAACGCUUUGCUUUCUUUCGCGAGUGCAAAAUCUUAUCAACCUUUCCUAGAUUUAGUCGGUGACAAAUUUGUGUAUUGGACUUACAGUAUUUGUGUGUUAUUUUCGGCGCCAUAUGUCUAUUUUUUAAUCCCGGAAACGUCGGGAAAGAGUCUCAUAGAAAUCCAACGAUCGAUAAAAAAGUGAUAGCGCAUUAAACUCUUCUUUCAAUUUCACAACAGCUUUACCUUGCCUAAAAAAAGAUAGAUCAUUGUAAGAUGAACAAAAAUCAUAAGACUAUAACUUGUACUAUUUAUAAAAUGCAAGUUAAUUGUAAGCUAUUGUAUAAUUAUUUUAAGACACAUUCAUCCUUUGUAAUUUUUCAUUCUAUUAUUUCAUCAUAUAUUUCGACAAUAUAUAUAUAAACAAUACCCAUAAAUGAAGUAAAUUUGUUCAAAUA